AUGAUAUACGCUCACGACGACUUGGCUGUGGCCACCACUACAGCUUCUGACUUGCACCAACAUAACGAAAACGUCGACUACUUGGAAUACGUACCGGCUUCCGCCUGCGACCACUACUUACAGGACAACAGCAACUUGGCUAACUACUUGAAGUUUGCCCGCAACGUUGUUUCCUCUUCCGAAUCUGCAUAUGUCACCAAAGAAAGAAUCGCCAAUAUCUGCUGGAGAAGAAUCUACAAAAACCUUCACAGCUUGGCGGAAAUCAACCCAUACUACAUCAACUGGGAUAAGAACAGCGACAUCACAUGGUUGUACGGUCCAAAGUUUGACCGCAGCUUUGCCGACACUGUCAGUAACACUAACCAAGAAUACGCCUUAACAGAAGACAACUUGAACAUGAAGUUGAACUGCGAAGAAGAAGAUGACGGCUACUAUUCGUCAUCCAGCGAAUCCUCUGAAGUAUCGUCGAUCUCAUUCAACGACGUGGAAGAACGCGACGAUGAUGUCUCCCUGGUGGACUCCGGCUAUAUGGGAGACUACCAGUGUACAUCUUCUAUUCCUAGCGAGUUGAGUUUGAGAAAGAACUCUGUGGCCUCCACAGCAUCGUCCAGCACUUAUUACGACGAAGACAACAACGACUACAUGAGCUUGAAGUCCAUCUUGAAGAAGGACGCCGAAGCUUACUACAAGAGCAUGAAGAUGAUGAAGAGAAGAAAGGACAAGAAGGUGUCGUUCAACUUCAUAGUCAACACUAGAGAAAUUGUCAACGGCAUCUCGUUUGACUACGACUUUCUUGAUCAAGGAUGCUUAUAA